AUGACCACUAUUGUCCUCGUUCCUGGAGCUUGGCUGACCCCAUCUUUCUAUGAUCCAUUUGCUCUGGCUUUAAAGACAGCCGGCUAUGACGUUCGCUAUGCCAGUUAUCCAUCCUUAGAUCCCAAGGACCCUUCCGCAACGGACUGCGAGGCCGAUGCGAAAGUUAUUGCAGGCACUUUACGCUCAAUUGUGGAAGACGAGGGCAAAGAAGUGUUGCUCUUUCAACACUCCUACGCUGGAAUGCCUGGUGCUGCGGCAGCAGUCGGAUUAGCCAGAUCUCAACGGGAAAAAGAGGGUAAACUUGGCGGCAUCAUCGGGCUGCUGUUUAUCGGACCUUUUGUGGUGCCUGAAAGCCUUAGCUGCGCGGGUUUGCAGGGCGGAAACUUACCACCAUGGAUUUUACUCGACAAGCCAUCGACUGGUCUCAAUGUACCUGAAGAUCCGAUCAACAACUUUGCUGCAGAUGUCGAUCCGGCUCUAGCUCGGUCUCUAGAGGCUGAUAUUAAACCCCACUCGACGUUGGCGUUUACCUCCCCACAACCUCAUCCCGCUUGGGCGGAUGAGGAGUUCCGCGGUCGCCUAGGCUUCAUUGUCACUACCGAGGACCGUGCUGUACCUAAAGAGGCACAAUAUGGCAUGAUGGCCGCUACUCAACAGCAAUGGAUCAUCAAGGAGAUUGAUUCGAGUCAUUGUGCGCCAUUUAUAAGUAGAAUUGAGGACACGGUGAAGGCGACACAGGAGAUUAUUACUAAACUUGCAUAG